AUGUCGUUUUUCGGUUUCGAUACUACGCGCCAUAACACGGCUGCACCUGGCUUCUCCCAAUCUCACGAUCCAUUCGCUGGUUUGUCAGGCAGGGAUGGCGAUGAUGAUGCUCUAGACUUCGAGGAGACGUAUGACGGUCUUGGAGACCAGCUCGAAGAGACUGGUGACGCAUUCAACGAUGAUACUUUCGGCGACAGUGGCCCGGCAGUCACUCGCAGCGCUGGCAAGGAUUUCGAUUUCUUUGGCCAGACUGCCAAGGUUGCGGAUGCCAUUGAGGAGGAACAUCUUCGCUACAAUCGCCAGGGACCUGCGGCCAAACCCGCUGCUUCUGCUCAGGCCCAUUCUUCCGUUAACCAAUAUGCCUCGGCCGACUACCAGUCCUACUACUCUAACCAGCCUUACCAACAACAGUCUUAUCAACAGCCUGUGCGAUCCGGUUACGAGAAGUAUCGCGAGCCCGAAGCGCUUCCUGAUCUCCAUGUUGACCGAAGUAUCUGGGGCAUUGGGCCGUCUAAGCCAGCCCAGCAAGCAUCCCCAGCUCCCGUUCCUGCAGCUCAGCCUGCCCAGCAUGCGUCCAGCCGCAAAGUCAUGAGCUUGGAAGAGGUCGAGGCCGCCAUGCGAUCUCAGCCCAAACAGCAGACACCUCAACCACAUGCCGCAGAUCUUUCCUAUCAGCAGCCACCUCCCGGAUUUACUGCUCAUCAGCAACAGCCACCUCAGGCCCAUGGUCAUGGCCAUCCCGUGACCAUUCUGCAGAGGCCCCAAAGCACUCAGUCGAAGCCAACGCCGCCAGCCCCGGGUCUUCAAGCGACUCCUGUCCAGCAGCAGCAGCAGCAGCUCCAUGCCAACCCGACCCAGAUUCUGCAGAAUCCCAACCGCGGCGGCCCAGAUGCGCAUAUGCCACCUCAGCAUGGACACCAGUCCAAACAAUCUCACGGUGCUAUUCCCAACGCCGCGCAGUUGCAAGCUCAUCCCCAUAUGCAGCAGAUGUCCGAGGAAGAGAAGGCUGCGUAUUUGGAUCAAGAGACCAAGAGGGCCAAGCGAAACCACAAGAUCUGGCUUCUGUCGAAGGACAACGGUUUGAUGACUCCUCAGGACAAGAACUUCAUCACCCGUAUCCAGCUCCAGCAGCUUGUUUCCGCUACCGGCAACCCUGUUGAAGGAUCUGAUGCCUCAAUUGCUGAGGACUUUUACUACCAGGUUUACAGCCAUAUUCGAGCCGGUCAGCGCCAAAACCCCAGCCAGCCUCUGAGCAACUUUGCCCAGACAUAUCUCUACCAGACUGGUAGCCGCCAGGGUGGCAUGCGCCGUCAUGGACGACCCGCUGAGAACCACUUCCAACGAAUGGAGCAGCAGGUACAGCGUGCUGUUGAAGCCGCCAAGAACAAGCCCAAGAAUCCUCAGCUGGUCAUUGCAGGUAGUCUAGGAAAGAUCUCCUUCAGCAACGCUAAGACCCCCAAGCCUCUGCUCAGCAUCAAGCGCACCGAGAGUGAGCAUCAGCGCCCCAACAAUGGCAAGAAGGGAUCUAGCCUUGAUCGAAAGACCAUCUUGCGAAAUGUUGAGAAGGUUUAUCAGACACUUAUGCAAAUCGAGGAUCAUGUUCGGCUUAUCCCACCUCCUAUGACCGGCCCCGAUGAGGAGCUUGAGAACAAGCACAAGGAGUGGGCCACCAUUCUAGAGACCUACAACGCCAAGCUCUGGCAAGAGCUCAAGGUCCACGAGCAAAUUGGAGUUGUUGUUCCUCACCCAUUCAUCGCUUUCUUGUCUUGUGCCAAGGGUGAGAAGGCCAUCCCUCGUCUUUUCCCUCAUCUCUCUUUUGAACAACGAACCACUAUCUUGACCAUGAUUAUCUAUCAUCUCGACCAAUUGGAUGUUGUGCAGGGUGCUGCUAUUACACCGGGCGAGGUGACAACCAUCAACGCACGAAUGCGAGAGAAGAUUGAACUUUUUAUCUCUACUGUCAUGCCAUCACUGAUGCAAUAUUUCAACGACACUGGUCUGGAUAUCGUUGAUGGAGUUUUGAACUUGAUUGCCACAAAGCUCAACGUCGACCUCAUUGCUAGAUCGAGAAUUGGUGUGUCAAUGUUGACACUCAUUCUCAGUCGUGCCGUGCUCCUCAAACAGACAGGCGCCGGCACUCCUGAGCAGUGGGAUAACUGGGAUCGAACAUUUGAGAUCUUGUUCAGUAGACUCGAACCUUCGCUGCCUUACAUCUUCCCUGGCAGCGUCAACACUGGAGAGGACGUCUAUGUAUGGCAGCUUCUUGCAGCUAUGGGCGUCAGCGCCACUCACGAUCAACAAACUCGCCUGGUCCUUGCUGUCAAGGACCGUGUGCUCGACACUGUCACUGUUUCGAAGACUCUCCCUCCUGCUAUGGGAGCAGAGCGACUGAACAGCGUCAACUUGUUCAUGCGAUCCAUUGGUUUGGAUGUCGAGCUUCUCCAGUAA